AUGGAUACCGUCGAAGACCUACCUACCCGUCAAUUCAAGCUUAAAACCAUCCUAGAAUGUACAGGUGUAUGCUGGGCAGUCGCAGCCUACGGCUAUAGCGCCUCAAUCAUCGCUACGACCUUCGGCCAACCGAGCUUUAUCACUGCAAUGGGCCUCGAUAUAGCCCCCAACGCUCCAGAUUUGAUGGGAGCCGCAAACGCUCUCUUCUUCGUCGGAGGUUUCUUUGGCUGUCUGCUGAACGCUGCACUGGCGAACAAGUUCGGCCGUAAAGGUGUCAUUGCCAUCGGACAAGUAAUCUUGUGCCUGUCGACUGCCUUAUUGGCGGGCUCUGUCCACAUUGGAAUGUUUAUCGUCUUCCGCUUCACUGCCGGUUUCGGUGGCUAUAUGGGCUUGAUGUCGGCUCCUCUUUGGGUCGUAGAGGUCGUCCCACCGAAAGGUCGGGGCCCUUUGUUAGAUAUCAGCGGGAUUAUGAUUAAUCUUGGCUAUGUUACUGCUUCAUGGAUUGGAGUCGGGUUUUUCUUUUACCAAGCGCCCCAUGCCUGGCGUGCUCCAUUGGCACUCGGCUGUCUACCGUCUGUUCUCUGCUUGAUAUCCCUCUGCUUCGUUCCGGAAAGUCCUCGACUCUUGAUUCUCCAGGGGAAGUCGGAGCAAGCAUGGAAGAUUAUCUCCGAUCUACAUACCGUUCAUGGUAACGACACCCUCGCUAGACGCGAGUUCGAGCAGAUGAACAAGCAGAUCCAGUUUGAAUCGACGCUGAAAACGGGUUGGUUGGAAAUCUUCCGGAGACCAUCGUAUAGAAAGCGAGCUCUAAUGACCAUCGGUUUGCUUUUCACUGUUGUCAGUUCUGGUGCCCUUGUUAUCAACAACUACGCCACCAUCAUCUACGGCUCCCUAGGAUACAGUCCUCAAGAUCAACUCUUUCUUCAAGCCGGCUGGCUGACCACUGCAUUUGUCGGCAAUUUUUGUGCCGUCCUCAUCGUCGAUCGCAUUGCGCGUCCAAAGCUCAUAAGUAUCGGCCUCGGUAUAUGCCUCCUCAGCUUGAUCCUAGAAGCCUCCUUUGUCGCAACAUACGGAACGUCUACCAAUAAGGCUGGCCUCGGAUCUUGCGUUGCAUGGAACUACCUGUUUGUCUGGGGGUUUUCGUUGUUUCUUGACGGCGUUACCUGGUGGUAUGCCGGAGAAAUCUUCCCAACUCACUUGCGUGCACACGGAAUGGCUCUCGGUAUGGGGACAUAUGCAUUGACAAACAUGGUCUGGUUGCAAGCUGCUCCAACUGCUUUCGACCAUAUUGGGUGGAAGUAUUACCUCUUUUUCAUCAUCAUUACCUUUUCAGGUAUGUGUGUUGUCUACUUCACCUUCCCGGAUACUUUACACAAGCCCCUGGAGGAAGUGGCGCAACUGUUUGGUGAUACCGAUCUUGUUGUUGCUUAUCGACAGCAUGGGCUGGCCACUGGGCGCGAUGAGACUCAAAUGAAACGGGAGUCCGUGGAAUUACAAGAGAAUGAGCUGGUGGAAUAG